UAGAGUGGUUCGAGAACGGGACGAGGGAAGACUCCUUAAGGAAGAGGGGACAUGAUAACAAAUAUUAAUGCAUUAAUUAUGACAUUGAUAAUAACGACGAGCUUGCCAGGGCUUGGCACUAAAGUAUCGUUACGCACAAUACAGGAUUUGUUUUUGGUGUGCGUUUCUCUUUUAGAAAACGUAGACUCCUAAACAGGUUUGUACAACUCUUCCUGUUGCGAACUAGGUGGAUAUCAAGUUCUUAUUGAAAAUACAUACGUGUACAAUUGAGACAUUGUAUGUCACCACCGGGUAAGACAGCAAAUAUGGAUACAGUUGCGCAAACAGGUGCGGGAUUUGUUGACAGAACGCAUAUACGUUUUGGCCAGACACCGUUAUUCGUGCUCAUGGUUUAGGGCGAGUUGGUAAGCUUUGAAACUUGUCGUAAAGCACGGGGUUCUCAGGACUAAAUGCGCCUUUCCUGCUAUUCUUCUCCUCUUCUCAGCGCUUCCUGCUUAUGGUGGCCACAGCACUUCAUGGCUAAAAAUGCAGAACUCAAAAUGGACAGCUAAACGGAGUUGAACUCUUCCGUUGGGUUAUCAUUGUCCAAUGAUCUGGAUAUUCUACAACCACCUGAUGCUCAUUUUGAUAUGAUGUGAUCCAUCCUGUGUUCUACACGGUCGUGGUUUUGCUAUAGUUGAAUAAAUUCACCUUUAGUUCAUAUCUCAAGAUGCAGCACCUAAUCAUUGGUCAAUAUGUGACAAUUUGUGCUGUAGUAAUAGAGUAAUUAAGUGAGCUAUGUGCUCAAACCAUGCAUUGAGAAACUACACCACAACAGUUGAGUAGAAAUUUGUUUUAUGGAGACAAUUCUGCCUUUUUACACAUUGGCACACUUGGCAGGACUGGUCACAUCCAUGGCCUCUGUUUGAUUGUUGCCAGCUCUAAUGGAAACAUAUGCAGUCCAUGUCAGGUUGCAUGAGAGACAUUUUUUAUCCUGUUGUCUUUGAACACGGUUGUGUUCCUGUUGGCCAGGCCUUUGAACAAAUUUCAUUGGUCCCUGAUGAGCCAACUAGACACAGGAGAGCGGCACAAUAAAGUACAUUAUUGUAUUUUCUUUUCAAAACCAUACAGAAUCAAACCCAGUGUCUGAACAUCUGCUCGUUGUGGCUCCAUGGAGCCGCUGAAGAACAUUUUUACCCGCGGCCCACUGUCGAACUGGAAAGGUCUGGAACAAUCACAAAAAGGGACCUUCACCAAUCCCGUGUGGACGGCUUUAUUCGACUAUGAGGCGUCCGGUAAAGACGAGCUCACCCUCCACAAAGGUGACCUGGUGGAAGUCCUGUCGCUGGACUCUGAGAUAUCCGGUGACGAGGGCUGGUGGGCGGGCAAGGUCAACAACAAAGUGGGAAUCUUUCCCUCGAACUAUGUCUCCUUCAAGCCUCCUUCAUAUGGGAAACUGCAGGGCAAUGGAGUCGGCGUGGUUGGGGAGCUUGGGCCAGCCGUAGUGGGGGUGGGGGAGUUCGAACCCGAGGCCGUGGAUUUCAGGGAACUGAGCCUCGAGGAGGUCAUUGGGGUCGGCGGCUUCGGCAAGGUGUAUCGCGGUACGUGGAGAGGUGGGCUGGAGGUGGCCGUGAAGGCGGCCCGCCAGGACCCAGACGAGGACAUCAGCGUGACAGCCCAGAACGUGCGUCAGGAGGCCCGGCUGUUUGCCAUGCUCACUCACCCCAACAUCAUUGCCCUCAAAGGGGUUUGCUUACAGGAACCCAACUUGUGCCUCAUCAUGGAGUACGCAUCCGGUGGCCCGCUGAGCCGAGCGCUGGCUGGGCGCCGCAUCCCGCCGCACGUCUUGGUCAACUGGGCAGUACAGAUUGCUAGAGGGAUGCUCUACCUGCACACAGAGGCCAUCGUUCCUGUCAUCCAUCGUGACCUCAAGUCUAACAACAUCCUCCUGGCCCAGCCUAUGGAGAAUGAUUGUAUGGAAGGGAUAACUCUGAAGAUCACAGACUUUGGCCUGGCACGGGAGUGGCACAAGACCACCAAGAUGAGCACAGCGGGCACCUACGCCUGGAUGGCACCGGAGGUCAUCAAGUCCUCAACCUUUUCCAAGGGCAGUGACGUCUGGAGCUAUGGUGUUCUAUUGUGGGAGUUGCUGACAGGGGAGGUUCCCUACAGAGGGAUAGAUGGUCUGGCAGUGGCCUAUGGGGUGGCCGUUAACAAACUCACCCUCCCCAUCCCCUCCACCUGCCCAGAACCCUUUGCCCAGCUCAUGGCAGAGUGCUGGGAUCAGGACCCACACCUUAGGCCCAACUUUGCCUCCAUCUUGGUUCAGCUAACUGCUCUUGAGAGGCAGGUGGUGGAGGAGAUGCCUCAGGACUCCUUUCAUUCCCUACAGGAGGACUGGAAACUGGAGAUCCAGGACAUGUUUGAUGAGCUCCGAGCCAAGGAGAAGGAGCUGCGUUGUCGCGAGGAGGAGCUGAAGCGCGCGGCGGUGGAGCAGAAGUCUCACGAGGAGUUCCUCAGGCAGAGGGAGCAGCAGCUGGCCCAGUGGGAACAGGAUGUGUUUGAGAGGGAGCUCAGUCUCCUCAUCCUGCACAUGAACAACCAGGAGAAGCCCAACGUCAAGAAGAGGAAGGGAACCUUCAAGAAGCACAAGUUGAAGGGCAGUAAGAACGGAGAGAAGAUCAGCAUGCCUCAAGACUUUAUCCAUAAGAUCACUGUCCAGGCGUCUCCGGGGCUGGAGAAGAGACGCAACUCUCCCGAUCUGGGCACCGGCACCUCUCCCUCUUUCGGCCCACGCUUCCGAGCAAUCCAACUCAGCCCUAGUGAGAACAGCAGGGCGUUUGGUCUGAGCUCCAUGUGGCCCCUAGAGGCCCCUCCACACAACAAGCAGGCCAACGGGGACCGGCUGGGGCCCCACUGGAGGCCCCAGAGCCCUAAGAGCCCCAAAGUCCUGCGCCUCAGCCCACAGGAGAGCAGUCUUUCAAUGAGAGCCAAGCUUCUGGACAUGGACAGCAAUGAGAACGGAGAAUCCAAGGAUGACUUUGAGGAGUACAGACCCUCCACCCCUGUCCAAAACGGCUCCUCUGUGAAAGAGCCCCCAAGGCCUACUCUACCUCAGGGGGACUCUGGCAUCGAGGAGGGGGUCUCCCCGGCCGGCUCCCCCAGGCCUGAGCACCGCUCCCUGGGAGGCUUGCUGAGGAGCACCCACCGGGCCCUACUAGGCGGCGGCUCCCUCCUGGCCUCUGUGGCCCUGGGACGACACCUGGAUGUGCCUCACAUCCCUCCCAGGGUUCCCCCCCGGACUAAUCCCCCGCCCCUGGACCACCACCACCUUCUGCAGGAGGUCCCCAUCACGGCCCUCAAAAUCCCCUCCUCCUCGGACCCCCCAGUGGUGGAUGACCUUAUCUCCUUCUCCAACUUGGAGCACCUCCCCCGGCCCCUCUUUGACUUCCCCUGCGCCCUGCACGCCCCUGGGGUGAAUCCCCUGCCCCUCACUCCACCUCCGCCUCACCGCCGGGAGAGGGCUUGCCACAGGCACGCCCAGAGCCCCCGGAGCCCCCAUUACCAGGUCCAGAGGCAGGCUAGCCCAGCAGACUGGGCCCCGUCCCACCACCACACCAAUGGGGAGGCAGGCUGUGACGCCUGGGGCCAGGGGUCAGACAGGAGGAGGAGGUCCAGCCAAGGCCUGCUCUCUGCCUCUCAACUAGGCCUGGACCUCCCCAUGUGCCAGGACAGUCUGGAGUCAGAAGACAAUCCCUUGGCGGUCCCCUUCUCCCUUUUCCCUGACCCUCGCCUCUGGAGCCCCAAAACACGUCGCCUGGAGGUCAACGUCGUCCCCCGCCCGCGCCCCUCCCCCAUCCGACCCCGCAUCGACCCCUGGAGCUUCGUCUCUGCUGGGGGCGGUGGCGGAGUGUUCAGUGGUGCCCGCAGCCCUCGACGGUCAGAUAGCCACCCAUUGGGGUACCAGCCCUCGCCCACCAACCCCUUCACGAACUGUGACCCCUUCCCCUCCCCGGACUGCGACCCAUUCUCCCUGAGAGCCGACCCAUUGUCAGGCAUUACGCCCGACACGCCCUCGCCCUUUGACCCCUUCUCGCCACCGUUCCCCACCUCCCGCUCGGCGCCCUGCUCCACCAACGGGUCACCAACCCUGCCCACGUUCCGGGUGGCGCCUCUAAACCCGGCCGACUCGCCGCUUAUCGACCUGGGCUGGGCAGCGGUGUGUGGGGUCGGGGUCAAGCCCCUGGAGGUCACCAAAGAGAAGACGCGACCCGGCAGGACUCUGGGACUCAAGCCUUUCAAGUCCCCCACGCAACCCAGAGACGAUCGCUUCUAAACUAAACCUCCAACCCUGACCUUGCCUUUCUCAUAGCACAGAGUUUAUAGAAGCGUUUUUUUUAAAGGAAUGCGGCCCCCAGCCCCCUAAAUGGACAGGUACAGGUUGUGUAUAUCCUGUGUUAGGAAUGAGGAGGAUUUGGAGUCCUAUUCAAAACAAAAAUGCACAUGACACUCAUGCAUGCCCCCCUUUAGGGGAAUUGUGGGAAAUGGGGUGCCCAAACAGUGGAGUGGUUUCGUGUUGCCUUAGAAACCAACAAGGAAGCUAAGCCUGCCUGCCAUCUAGCUCCGUGACAAUGGAUUGUGGGAGUGGAUUUCUGUGCACAACAAACCAACGUCUGAUGCCCAUUUCAUUCCAGAGGAUUUCUCUCUCACAUCUAUUUUGGAGAGUCCGAUCGGUGGGCUUCUCCAGACUCAAUCAGACGUCCCUCUAUCGCUUCCACUCGUGUCUCUCACUACUUUUUGAAGUGUGUGGAUAAUACGAAGCUGGAAACAGCAGCUUGCUUUAUCUGUGGCUCUGAAAGCAUUCAGGGCCUUGGACAUUUAGAGUGCAAUUUGCUUUAUAAAGCAUUUUAAAAGGUUUCUGGUCUUGAGUGGUGAACCUACUUCAGAACCUAUUUUCUAUGAUUUGGCUUAAAGGUGCAAAGGACUAGGAGCUAAGUGAAGCUAGGUGCAAGAUAUGACAAUGUUUCUGGUCUUACCCUCGACAAACAAACAAACAAAUUCUCAAGCGUGUUUGUCUCUCUCUGCAAUAAAUAACGUGUGAUGGGUCAAUGUGAGAGAGUACUCCCAAGUAUGGCUACAGAGGUGCCAUAUCAUCCAAUCGAUAAUUCCUUCGAGAUCCUCUGGAUAUUAAAGCCAAACAAACCCAGGACCCAGGCAUUCAAAACAGGAAAAAGAUAACAUUCCGACCACAUUCUGACCACAUUCACAAAAUGCGACUGAUUUAUUUGGCAGGUCAGCAGGCGACAAAGCCUGGGGAGACUAGAGGCGCCACAAAGCACAUUCCGUUCAUGUGGCAAAGAAUGUGACUGCUUCAGCCCACAGCGUUAUACACGUCUGCCCUUACAGUGUGGUAGGGCGCAUAACUAUAGCCCCUCCCCCAUUUGUCCAGUAUUAUCUACCAGGAUUGGUUCUGUCCAGUCCAACAUGGGAAUACUGUUAAAUCUUGAUUGGAUGAAAUCCUGGAAGUAGCAACUUAAGGAGGAUAUCUAACUAUUACACUCAUUUCUUAGUGACUAAUUGGCAUGUUAGAAGGGAAGCUACAGUAUAAUAGCCUGCAAACAAAUGGAUAUCUGGCUGUUUCGUUCUAGGGGAAGAGAGUUUACCCAAGUGGCAAGCUUUGUAAUUAGUCUUAAUGACUGUGCUGACGAACUGAGUGAUAAUAUUAAUUAGGAUUGUGAUAAGGACAGGGUUAAUUUAUUAACAUGGAGAUAUUUGCCUAAUUGAUACAUUUCCCCCAACAAAGUUUAGACUAAAUGAGUCGGGUUCUUAAAAGGGAUUUAAGCAGUGCUGUUCGAUAUCGCAUCCACGGCAGGAGUCCCCUUUAAUGCGAUUCCAGAUGAUACAGAAGCCUGCCCCCUUUAGAGCAAUGCCUCAUUAUAAGGGCUUGGAGUUUUUCCUGACCAAUGGACAUGACCAGGGGCCCAGAGUUCUUCGUCCUGGUCAGGUCGCGUGACCAGGGGCCCAGAGUUCUUAGUUCCUGGUCAGGUCGCGGGACCAGGGUCACAGAGUACUUCGUUCCUGGUCAGGUCGCGGGACCAGGGUCACAGAGUACUUCGUUUCUGGUCAGGUUACGGGACCAGGGUCACAGAGUACUUCGUUCCUGGUCAGGUCGCGGGACCAGGGUCACAGAGUUCUUCGUUCCUGGUCAGGUCACGGGACCAGGGGCACAGAGUUCUUCGUUCCUGGUCAGGUCAGAUGCUCAGCAGAGACUCCUAGUCUUACCCACCACUUAUAUCCCCCUUCUUCUCAGGUCAGGCAAACUGCUCCUCUCUUGAUCCAAAGAGAUUGGGUCUGUUUUCGCUUCACGCCAUUGACUACUGACUGGACUGCAUCUCAACCUAUAAGGUGCCUCCCCUCUCUACCUCUCCCCCUAUGUGAUGUGCACAUAACUACUUAGAGACAUAUCAUCUUUGAUCUUUGUCAUCGUUCUUAUUGAGAUUUGUGGCCUGAGACUACAGUAUAUGUCAACCCCAAAUCGGUCUGUCAUCAUUUCAUAUCCGAUAAAGAACAGAAAGUGAGCAUUCAUUCCAGGCGAAGAUACAUGUACUAUGGAAUUUCAAUUGUGAUUAUUGGAAAUGAACAGCUAGUGGCGUCAAUGUCUGAGUCGAUAAGGGCAGUCCAGUGCAACUCUGAGUAGGAGUGGUCUAGUCAUCACCAAAGGACAAGGACAUGGCCAAGGAUGUUUAGGAUUAUAAAAGUCAAUUGCAAAAAGUAAUUUUAUUCCCAUUCGUAGUAUUACAAAUUGGUAUUUCAAAAGGGUUCUUUCUAGGUUUAGUUUGUAGAUUGGUAAACCAUCCAUGCAGUGCCCUGUGACACUGAAUGCUCAAAUACACCCUUAUUGUACUGACUUGUGUUCCAACCCAACACCCCACGGUGUGUGUGAAUGCCUGCCAAAAAACGAGUGUACAUAUAUGGAAUAGGGUGCCAUUGAAUAUAGAGCAGCUCCUCCGCUCUGCGCCCCUGGCUUUUCCCUCUCCCAUCACAGAGUCAUCUAAAGCUGUGGCAGGUGUGUUAUUGCCUACUAUACUAGUCCAUACAAGACCCCUGCACUUUAGCCUCAACAUACUAGUCAACAGACAACCCCUGUAAUUCCCAUAGGGAUGAAACUGAGACUGAUGGUCGAAAUUGUCGCAAGAGCAUCGGUAUUGCUGCCUGUCCGUCUGUCUCGUCAUGUGUCAGUCUGUCUCGGUCCAAGCCCUCAUGUCCGUCUGUCUCGUCAUGUGUCAGUCUCUCGGUCCAAGCCCUCAUGUCCGUCUCAGUUCUUCAAGGUCUUAUCUGUGAUAUCCUUUAGACCACACGCUGCCAGUCGGAUGUGUCCAACCCUUUAGAAGCUGUAGUGUAGUGCACCCAAAGAGAGUUUACUCAACUUAUGCCUCUCUACAUUUUUGUGAAGUUGUAUGUUUGCUUUACUAAGGGCACAGUCACUAUCCACCUAUGUGAUGAUCUUGUGUAGAUGAUCAGUUUGACUAUGUUUGAUUGUUUUAGGUCAAGAGUCAGAGUGAUCAGUUUGAGGAGUCUGUUUUGAUCUUGGCAAGCCAUCAGACAAUCAGAUACAGUGGAAUCUCCCCUUCAUGUUGGGUGUCAUACUACACUGGCAAUGAGAUUGAACAUUUACAAUUUUCUUGAAAUAACUAGCUGUAUUUGUAUUUAUUAUGGAUCCCCAUUAGCUGCUGCCUUAGAUGGACUCUUCCCAGGGUCCAGCCAAAUUAAGGCAGUUAAAACGAUACAAUACAUUAAGUGUGUGCUCUCAGGCACCUUCUCCACUGCCAUUUAUCUACAAUACAAAAUCCAUGUGUGUGUGCCUGUGUUUGUCUCUUCACAGUCCCUGCUGUUUCAUAUGGUGCAAAGGUCAUUAGACGAUACUUUGGGAUGACCUUUCGGUUGUACACGAUUCAAAUUCACUCAUGAUGUCUGGAUAGAAUCAAAAGUCUACCUUAUCUCCCUGGCCUUAACCCAAUUUAAAGAAAAAAACCCUCUGCUCUUGUUUCUCUCUUUUGAUUAUCUCCAUGGUCUUCUAACCUGGUCAUGGUGAUGACAGGUUUUAGGACAGGAAACGAGAUUCCUUGAGUGCUCCUAGACCGCUGUCGGGUCGCGCCGCUGGUCCCUUGAUUGAUGCGGAUGACAGGCGGUGCUCCAAUAAGAAUCUCCUGACGAGUUGUUUGUGACGCGCCGCCCUUUCAGGCAUUGCCUCAUCCGUCAUGGCGAAUCGGCGCCCCCCCAUCCGUGCUGACAGGCCUGAAUGAAACAGAACUUUGCAGAGGAGGAGAGGAAAGUAAAGCCAAUAGACCAUGUUAGGUCUCUAGGACAAAUACUGGCUUCAUUCAUGCAUACUUUGUCCAUUUGUGUCAAGCCUUGAGGUGUAUCAGUUAGUAACAUAACCAAAUUAUUGAAGCUCUUUUAUUUUCACUUAACAAAUCGCAACGGGUCUAUUACGGUAAUUGCUUCCUGCCUCAGCCAAGGCAUGCUCGCCCUCUCCUUCAUCGUUAGUGGAGAUUUAGGGCCGGACGCGGCUCAUUUACCCAGCAUCCUCGCUACUUACCUGGACUGAAUGAAUUAGACGUUCAUUCAAAUAAACCCGAUUUAUGGACUUCAUUUCCACCCUCUCGUACCCAGCUAUUAUUACCAGAGGGGGAUUAUGUCUCUUUGUGAACACCUGUCAUGUACUUUUGUUCUGCAUGAUGUUGUCAAACAAAAUGAUUAAAGAUUACCUUUACCAACUGUGGGGGAAAAUAGUCUCUAGGGAGCCAACAAUGUGUGAGGCUAAGCCAAUACCAGGUGUCGUCUAGUUCUGAAGCCAGCUCUUAAGCCUAUUUCUCAUCCGUUUUCGUCUGAAUGCUCUUCAAGGUCACAAUCGGUUGUCCUCUCGUUCAAAUGAUAACUGUUAAGAUGCCUAAGUCAAAUAAAUGAGGCAGAUUUGUUUCCAUGACAACCACACUAGACAACCACACUUGGGCUCCCGAGUGGCUCAGCGGUCUAAGGCACUGCAUCUCAGUGCAAGAGGCGUCACUACAGUCCCUGGAUCGAAUCCAGGCUGCAUCACAUCCGGCCCAUAAGGCAAGGCACACAUUGGCCCAACGUCAUCCGGGUUUGGCCAGGGUAGGCUGUCAUUGUAAAUUCUUGCCUGGCUUGCCUAGAUAAAUAAAGGUUGAAAUAAAUAUAUAUAUACACACACACACACACACAGGGAUGAUUCAAAAUAUAGUACACUUUAGAGGGAGCGAUUGGCUGUAGACUAAACAAUUACACGCGCAUGUGCUUUUGACACAUCUUUGUUAAUUGCUCAUACAGGUAACGGCUUUCUUUCUUACACUCGGUCAAUAGUCAAACAGGACAAUAAUAAGAGCAGUUUGGCUACGGAGGAGACGCAUCUAGACCUUGGAACUAAAUAACCACAGAUUGGCCCAUGCGUCGUUCUCCCACACUAAAUUCUGGGUAGCUGCUUUAUUAUUAUUUUUUUAACCUUUAUUUAACUAGGCAAGUCCUUACACAAAAGCAUAUGGAACACGUAAAUUGAAUAAACCAAAUUAGAAUAUCUCUGAUGGAGCUGUCAGAGUGGGUUACCCUGUCAACCUGAAUUAGACUGAUUCCGAUAAAUGAAGUAUCUGAUUUCUCUCGUCCUUUCAGUUUAUUUGAGUAAACAGUUCAGAUGCAAGAUAUGUGGGGGGUAUUUGUUGGUAUAGGUCAUCUCACUAAAGUCCUGCUUAAAUGGACUAAUUUAAUCAAAAUCGUCAAACAAUAAGUAACCUAUAAAAGAUGGUUUGGAUGGUGCAAUUCCCUGGGAUAUGUUCGGACUCAGAUAAUCACAGUACUGUACACAGUGCAUUUAGAAAGUAUUCCGACAUUUUGUUACGUUACAACCUUAUUCUAAAAUUGAUUAAAUUGCCCCCCCCCCCCCCCCCUGCAAUCUACACACAAUAUCCCAUAUUGUCAAAUAAAAAAACAUACCUUAUUUACAUAAGAAUUCAGACCCUUUGCUAUGAGACUGAGGAACUCUGGAGCUCUGUCAGAGUGACCAUCGUGUUCUUGGUCACAUCCCUAGACAAAGACCCUUCUCCGCCGAUUGCUCAGUUUGGCCGGGUGGCCAGCUCUAGGAAGAGUCUUGGUGGUUCCAAACUUCCAUUUAAGAAUGAUGGAGGCCACUGUGUUCUUUCGGGAUCUUCAAUGCUGCAGGAAUGUUUUGUACCCUUCCCCAAAUCUGUGCCUCGACACAAUCCUGUCUCGGAGCUCUACAGACAAUUCCUUUCACCUCAUGUUUUUUCUUUUUGCUCUGACAUGCACUGUCAACUGUGAGACCUUAUAUAGACAGGCGUGUGCCUUUCCAAAUCAUGUCCAAUCAAUUGAAUUUACUACACGUGGACUCUAAGUUGUAGGAACAUCUCAAGGAUGAUCAUUGGAAACAGGAUGCAUCUCAUAGCAAAGAGUCUGAAUAGUUAUGUAAAUAGUUUUAUAUACUUUUUUUUUUUCAACCAUUUGGAAAACCUGUUUUCGCUCUGUCAUUAUGGGGUAUUGUGUGUAGAUUGAGGGGGGAAAAUGUAUUUAAUCCAUUUUAGAAUAAGGCUGUAACGUAACAAAAUGUGAAAAAAGGGAAGGGGUCUGAAUACUUUCCAAAUACACUGUAGUAUUCCUUACCAUGACCAGCUCCCAUCAGCUUGCUAUGGAGUUUUAUAUAGGGCGACAAGUGAUAGGAUAUCCUAUUUUUAUAAUGGCCCUUUUUCCUUUUUAAAACACUGGACUUAAAACAUUUUGAAGAGGGCCAGAGACUGUCUACAUUAGGAUGCUUGAUUGCUUCAUAUUUUUGGACGACAUAGUUUUUAAUUGUAUUUCACAUUAGGUUUUCACUGGAGUAUUUAAGAUGGAACAGUAUGGGUGCUUCAGUGGGGGAAAACUCUGACGUUCCCGCUUCCAAAUUGAACCAAAUGGUUCUGUAAAAUCUCUCUAGGCAUAAAUAUGUUUCGAGAGAUAUCCUUCUGACAUUGAACAAGACCCCAACCGGAGAUCCAUUUGAGGCACCCAUACUGAUAGACUGCUAUCAACCUAGUAGAGAUGAGGUCUUCAGUUUGACUGAAAUAUGUCUUGACAACAGUGGACAUUUUGUGACCUCCUCCCUGUCUUUGUAGAAUAUAUAUUUGCUUUCUUCAAAACAUAAUACUCAUCACAUAGCCUAUGUUGCAUUUCCUCAAAGCAUUUUCCCAGAUUUGGGGCUCUAUUCAGUCUGUAUCGCUUGAAGCGUUACAGAUUUUGCAAAUAGAAAUUUAAAGGUCAUUUCUGAGUGAGCCGACAUAUGCAGCAUUUACCUAGAAUGCUGUCUCCGCCAAUGUGGGAACAUUGCCUUUAAAUUUCAGCUUGGCAAUAGGAAUUGAAUAGAGCCCUUGGUUUCUGCUCGUAUGAGUUUGUCGUUGGGCUUUGAGAGGAUGUCGUCAUUUGUUGAGUUGUUUGUGAAAUCCGCACUGGGCUGGGCCUAAUCAAAAACUAUUUUAUUGUUGUGCAUCAGAGGCGUGUUUGUGUGUAUGUGUGAGAAUGUAUGUACUUGUUUUUUUUUGUUCUUGAUUAUUUUAAUGGGGUUUAACCUGUGGAAAAACAUAAAGGAAACACUCAAAGAAAACGAGACCAAAUAAAAUGUAACACAACCCUGA